GCCGAACCGGCUCGAGCUUCUCUCUCCCUCCGGACCGGAGAAACCGACCCUGGGCCGGAGACAGGACCCGGAGUCGGUGAAGCUUUUAAGAUCCGAAUCGACGAGAGGAAAAGCUCGGUUCUUCUGUCAGUCAAAGAGGAUCAAAGGGAAGGAAGCGGAGCUCCGACAGCAGCGGAGCAUCUUAAAAAAAAAAAAAGAAAAAAAAAAGGGGGAUCCAACAGGAAGUGAAAGAUUUUUUUGAUUCUGGUUCUGCUCGGUGAAGUGAAAAUAAAACCCGUGACAACGGAACCACAUCCGGAUUGUGGGUCACAGGGCUCGGUUCUGGCUGCAGGAUCUGACGAGAUUUGAGCUCUGAGGUCUGCAGAGUCUCAGGUUUGACCUCCAUCUUCUGAGUCCAGAGGAGCCAAGAUGCUGCAGAACCUUCGGAACCAGAACCUCUGAUAAAUCUGUGGUCCAACUGUUCAAGAACCUCUGGACCGUUUGCUUUCAUAAUGUGUUUCUGAAACAACAAACAGGAAAAAUCUACUUUAAAAGAUCCGAUAAAAAUUAAACCAGAACUUAUAAAGACUUCUGAUUGGACCCCACUGGACCCCAUUGACUCGUUGGACCCUGUAGACUUGUUAGACCCAACUGGACCCCGGUGGCUCUUGUUGGACCCUGUUGACUCUUGUUGGACCUCUUAACUCGUUGGACCCCGUUGACUCUUGUUGGACCCCACUGGACCCCACUGACUCGUUGGAUCCCGUUGACUCUUGUUGGACCCUGUUGACUCUUGUUGGACCUCUUUGACUCAUUGGACCCCGUUGACUCUUGUUGGACCCCGUUGACUCUUGUUGGACCCCACUGGACCCCAUUGACUCGUUGGACCCUGUUGACUCAUUGUACCCUGUCAACACUUGUUGGACCCCGCUGACUCUCGUUGGACCCCACUGGAUCCCAUUGACUCAUUGGACCCUGUUGACUCUUGUUGGACCUCUUUGACUCGUUGGAUCCUGUUGACUGUUGUUGGACCCUGUAGUGAUGCUGGACGUGGUGAAGAUGAAGGAGACCUGCAGGAUCUGUGCCAGGGAACUCUGUGGGAACCAGCGCCGCUGGAUCUUCCACCCAGGGUCCAAACUCAGCCUGCAGGUCCUGCUGUCCCACGCCCUGGGUCAGGAGCUGACCCGGGAUGGGCGCGGGGAGUUCACCUGCUCUAAGUGCGCCUUCAUGCUGGACCGGAUGUACCGCUUUGACACGGUGGUGGCCCGGGUGGAGGUUCUGUCCCUGGAGUGCCUCCACAAGCUGCUGCGGGAGAAGGAACGUCUGCGGCAGUGCAUCGGGGGUCUGUACCGCAGGAACAACCCUGAGGACGGGGGUCUGUACCGCAGGAACAACCCUGAGGACGGGGGUCUGUACCGCAGGAACAACCCUGAGGACGGGGGUCUGUACAGCAGGAACAACCCGGACGACGGGGGUCUGUACCGCAAGAACAACCCUGAGGAUGGGGGUCUGUACCGCAAGAACAACCCGGACGAUGGGGGUCUGUACAGCAGGAACAACCCGGACGAUGGGGGUCUGUACAGCAGGAACAACCUGGAGGACGGGGGUCUGUACCGCAAGAACAGCCYGGACGAUGGGGGUCUGUACCGCAAGAACAACCCGGACGACGGGGGUCUGUACCGCAAGAACAACCCGGACGAUGGGGGUCUGUACCGCAAGAACAACCCGGACGAUGGGGGUCUGUACAGCAGGAACAACCCUGAGGACGGGGCAGAGGGUCUGCCUGAUGAAGCUUGCAUGGUGGACCUGUCCCCUCUGAGGGAGGUCAGGUACUCAAACCUGAUCCAGGAUGACCUGGCGUACUCUGUGUACGAGUCUUGGGCAGACAAGGAGGACCUGGGCCAGCAGGUCCACCAGUGUACCGGCGCAGACUCUGGACAGAAGCCGAGGCGGUGCCGGGGCUGCRCUGCGCUCCGGGUCACGGACUCGGACUAUGAGGCAGUUUGUAACGUACCCAGGAGGAUUGGGCGCAGGAGUACUUCCUGUGGGCCGUCCACCUGGUACUACACAGCCCCCCUGGGAGGGGAGGACCAGACCAGAACCUCUACAGGAUCUGAGGUACCACCUGUGACCUUCGAGGCAUCUUCAAGAAUGGAACUGAGGACUCCCAGUCCUGCGUCUUCUGUAGAGUCUCUGGACCUCCCCACAAACCAUAAAGACCAGGCAGAACCAGAACCAGAGGAGGCUUCAGGAAAACCGGAUCCCCACUGUGAUAAAACCCAGAGAGAGGACUUCCGGUCUGGACUAGACUUGAUCCUGACCUUCCUGCGGACCUCAGAGUAUCGACCCGUCAAGUCCCGCAGGGGUAGCAAGCUCCCAGUUCUGGUCAAAGCCAAACUAGACCAGGUCUUGCCACCACACCGGUCCGUCCCCCAAAGGUCCCCCUGGUCUGAGCUGGACCUCCAGCAGACUGUCCCAGAGUUUCUGACCCCCUGUCCUGAUCAGGUCCUGCUGGACGAGCUGAGGGACAUGGAGGAGGACUGGUUGGAUGAGUACCUUCAGCUUGGUCCAGUUCAGAUCCAGAAGGCAGACCAGAACCCAAACCAGAACUCAGACCAGAACUAUUCUCUGGUGGACCAGCAGGUCCCAGUGGACCAGCAGGUCCUGAUGGACCAGCAACUGGGUCAGUACCACAGCACUGCGGAUCAGUGUGUCGGGGAGCUGCAGAAGGCCCAGAACCGGGCCGGAGUCCCAGCAGAGCCCAGCAGAACCAGAACCAGAACCUUCAGCUUGUGUGCUGUCCUGCAGGACCUGCAGCAGUGUCUCUGGGACAUGGAGCUGGGCUCGGCCCGGGACCAGGCCCAGCAGCAGGACCGGCUCAUCCAGAACCUCAGCGCCACCCUCAGUGCCAAGGAGAGCCAGGUCUCUGAGCUGCAGCAGGCCAUGGAGGACCAGAACCGGGCCCUGCAGAGGCUGGAGACAGACCUGCAGGAGAGCCUGCAGCACAGGAGGGACACAGAGACACACAACCAGGAGCUGCAGGUCGUCCUGCAGGAGGUCCGGUCCGGUCUGCAGGACCAGRAGGAGCAUCAGGAGAGACUCAGGGACCAGGAAGAGACCAGGAGGACCAUCAGAGACCUGAGGACAUCCCUAAAGACCAAAGACCAGCUUCUGGAGGACUACAACCAGCUGGUCCAGGACCCAGACCAGACCAGAGGCACUCAGGUCCUCAAGCUUCGUCAGCGGCUCAGAGACAGAGGCCAGGCCCUGCAGCGAGCCCUGGACGAGAAGAUCCGAUCCGAGGAGCAGAAGGACGAGGACUGCCGUAGUCUUCAGCUGCUGAUCCGGGAGAAGGACCUGGAUCUGGACCGUCAGCGCUGCGUCCUGUCCAACAACGAGGAGACCAUCUCUAGUCUGGAGGCGCUGCUGAGGGGGAAGGUUCUGGAACUGGACCGGGUCUCUGAGGCCUGGAGGACCGUCCAGAGACAGCAGCAGGACGGAGAGGACCGGCAGACCCGGAUCCUCAGGGAGAGGGACGUCCUCAUGGACCAGCUGCAGGAGGCGCUCCGGGCUCGGACCCAGGAGGUUCAGGACCUGCGCUGCUCCCUGCUGGCUCCRGUCCGCUCUGUUCCCAGCCAGGUUCUGGAGGAGCUGAAGGCCCGCCUCCAGCUUAAGGACCGCCUCUUUCAGGAAGUGUUGGCCGACCGGACCCGUCAGGCCCAGGAGCAUCAGGACCAGGUCCAGGAUCUGCUCAGAACCAUCAGCUGCAGGGACCAGUACCUUCAGGACUCGGCGGCCCAGUUCGGAGAAGUUCUGGCCGAGCGGACCUCCAGGAUCCAGGAGCUCCGCAGACAGCUGGGCUCAGGUUCUGGAUCCCAGCAGGGCUCGGGUCCAGAGCUGCAGGUWCUGCAGGAGGAGCUGCGUUUGGCCCUGAGGAGGGAGCAGGAGAACCAGGACCUGAGCAGGAGUCAGGCGGUCCAGCUGGACUCGCUCAGCAGGACUCUGAACCUGAAGGAGGACCUGAUCCGGGACCUGCAGAGGCAGCUGGUGGUCCCGUCGGACCUCCCUCUGGUGGAGCGACUCACCCAGGAGGUCCAGGAGCUGAGGGAGGUUCUGGUCCAGCAGGAGGCUCCUGCAGCCGGAGUGGACCAGCAGGUCCUGAUGGACCAGCAACUGGGUCAGUACCACAGCACUGCGGAUCAGUGUGUCGGGGAGCUGCAGAAGGCCCAGAACCGGGCCGGGUCUCUGCAGGCCAAGAUCAGAGAGAGUGAGACCAGAACCCAGGACCUGCAGCAGUGUCUCUGGGACAUGGAGCUGGGCUCGGCCCGGGACCAGGCCCAGCAGCAGGACCGGCUCAUCCAGAACCUCAGCGCCACCCUCAGUGCCAAGGAGAGCCAGGUCUCUGAGCUGCAGCAGGCCAUGGAGGACCAGAACCGGGCCCUGCAGAGGCUGGAGACAGACCUGCAGGAGAGCCUGCAGCACAGGAGGGACACAGAGACACACAACCAGAUCCUGUCUCUGAUCCUGUCUCUGAUCCUGUCCCUGUCUCUGUCUCUGAUCCUGUCUCUGAUCCUGUCUCUGUCCAACCUGCAGCGAGCCCUGGACGAGAAGAUCCGAUCCGAGGAGCAGAAGGACGAGGACUGCCGUAGUCUUCAGCUGCUGAUCCGGGAGAAGGACCUGGAUCUGGACCGUCAGCGCUGCGUCCUGUCCAACAACGAGGAGACCAUCUCUAGUCUGGAGGCGCUGCUGAGGGGGAAGGUUCUGGAACUGGACCGGGUCUCUGAGGCCUGGAGGACCGUCCAGAGACAGCAGCAGGACGGAGAGGACCGGCAGACCCGGAUCCUCAGGGAGAGGGACGUCCUCAUGGACCAGCUGCAGGAGGCGCUCCGGGCUCGGACCCAGGAGGUUCAGGACCUGCGCUGCUCCCUGCUGGCUCCAGUCCGCUCUGUUCCCAGCCAGGUUCUGGAGGAGCUGAAGGCCCGCCUCCAGCUUAAGGACCGCCUCUUUCAGGAAGUGUUGGCCGACCGGACCCGUCAGGCCCAGGAGCAUCAGGACCAGGUCCAGGAUCUGCUCAGAACCAUCAGCUGCAGGGACCAGUACCUUCAGGACUCGGCGGCCCAGUUCGGAGAAGUUCUGGCCGAGCGGACCUCCAGGAUCCAGGAGCUCCGCAGACAGCUGGGCUCAGGUUCUGGAUCCCAGCAGGGCUCGGGUCCAGAGCUGCAGGUACUGCAGGAGGAGCUGCGUUUGGCCCUGAGGAGGGAGCAGGAGAACCAGGACCUGAGCAGGAGUCAGGCGGUCCAGCUGGACUCGCUCAGCAGGACUCUGAACCUGAAGGAGGACCUGAUCCGGGACCUGCAGAGGCAGCUGGUGGUCCCGUCGGACCUCCCUCUGGUGGAGCGACUCACCCAGGAGGUCCAGGAGCUGAGGGAGGUUCUGGUCCAGCAGGAGGCUCCUGCAGCCGGAGGUCUGCGCUCAGAUGAGGAAGAUGAGCUGAGGAGUGAUGAAGGUGACCCUGACACACAGGACCUGGACAGUCUGGGUCUGAUGGGGGUCCGGCAGCUGGUGGAGCAGAAACAGGAAGUGGAGCGAGAACUGAAGGAGCUGAAGACGCAGCUGAAGACAUCUGGUUUCUCGUCUCUGUCUCACAUCAGGAGGACCCUGCUGGACCUGCAGGACCAGAACCGAGCUCUGAGGCGUCGGCUGGCUGAGGGGUCUCAGGAGAUGUGGGACACCUGGGACAAAGAGCCGUCUGUGUCUCAGGAGAACGUGGAGGACAGUCAGGUCCUCCUCAGCACCUCCUCCCAGGACCCUGCUGACCAGCUGGAGGACAGUCCGCAGCGUCCCGCUCCGUCUGAGGACAUGCUCCGUCUGCAGCAGACCAGCAGAGACCUGAAGGAGAGACUGAUGGUCUCCGAGGCCACGGUUCAGGUCCAGGUGGAGCAGCUGAAGGACUACAGAGACCUGCUGACAGAGACAGCCGUGCAGCAGGACAGCAAGCAGGUCCAAGUGGACCUGCAGGAUCCGGGCUACGAGACCUGCGGCCGCAGUGAGACCGAGGCUGAGAGGGAUGGGGCCAGCAGUCCAGAGUUCGAUGACCUGGAGAUGUGUACGUCUCUGGACUGUGGUUCCCAGUGGUGGUCCACCAACAGCAGCGGUCCCACCAGACCCACCCUGCAGGGUUCUGGGGACGGGGACAGGGAYGGGGACGAGGUCUCGUCUCUGCGGCGCCUGGUGGAGGAGCUGCGCUCACAGCUGUCCCGCUCUCAGGGGGUGGUCCGGGGGCUGCACGGCCGUCUCCGCCUCCUGUCCACCUCCUCUGGGACCGCCCCCUCUGGGACCGCCCCCUCUGGGACCGCCCCCUCUCUCCGGAAGGUCAACUGGUCCUGCCUGGGCCAGGGGGACGAGGACGAGGGCUGGCAGUCCUCUGAUGGGGGGGCGUCCUCGUCGCCCCGUCACCCGAACAAAGACCUUCAGAGGCUCACGUCCAGAGUGGACGCUUUGGAGGACCAGCUGAGGACAGGUGUCAAGAAGACGGAGGAUGGAGACUCCGCCUCCUGGACGGGGAACCUGGACUCUCUGAUCAAGGCUCAGGCCCGGGAGCUGUCCCACCUGCGGCAGGUGCUGCGUGAGGGCCGCGGCGUCUGCGGCGUCCUCACGCAGCACCUGGGGGACACCACCAGGACCUUCGAGGAGCUGCUGAGGGCCAACGACGUGGACUACUACAUGGGCCAGAGCUUCAGGGAGCAGCUGGCUCAGGCCGGCGCUCUGGCUCAGAGGAUCACCUCUAAGAUCGGAGGAGGAGACGGUUCUGAAGGUCCGGAGGAGAAGACGGAGCUGCUCGCUGUCCGGCUGCAGCAUGAGGUCAGCGUCCUGAGGCAGCAGCUACAUGAGAGUCGCAGUGUGGUCCACCAGCUUCAGACCUGCUGCACAGUCCCAGAAAAUGUCCCGUCUGGAGACACUGGACCCUUCGGCUCCUUGUCUCGCCUGCGAUCCYAGCAGAACACAGCUGAUCCAGCUGGUCCAGGUGGUCCAGGUGAUACAGCUGAUCCAGACACCUCGUCUCUGCCGGUUCCAGCUGRAGGUGGCUCCUCCCACCAACAUGGCCGCCACGCCGUGGGACACGUUCAGGACUUCAAGGCUCUGCAGCAGCAGCUCCUGGAGGGGAGCGCCCUGCUGCUCCACAUGGAGGCUGCUCUCUGGUCCCUGAAGACCUCCCAGCCUGCAGACCCAGCAUGUGUCCAGAACCUGCUGCUGGACUCCACCGCCCUGAACCAGAUCCUGAAGGAGGCCCAUUCUCUGCUGGACCGGUUCUGGAGAGCCGCUGUGCCGGACCCUGAUGGAUCCAGACCGGACCCGGUUCUGAUGGAGGAGGUGGUCUCUCUGCGUCUGAAGCUCUCGCAGCAGGAGGCGGUCCUGCAGGAGACCAGGGACAGACUGAGGACCUCCGACCUCAACAGGGACAGCAUGGAGCUCCUCAUCGUCAGCCAGCUGUCCAGGACCCGAGAUGUCCUGAAGAGAGCCAAGACCAACCUCCAGGGUGUCCAGGAGAACCAGAUCAGGAUCUCCUCCCUUCACCGAGCGUCUCUCUCUCCUCCUUCCUCUCCCUCACCCUCACCUCCCGCUUUCCUCACCUGGCCCGGGAAAGGUGAAAACUCAAGAAGCUUCACCUCCUCUGCUGGUUGGAGUGUCUUGAUGCCUCCUCCUGUUCCUCAGCAGCAGCGCCCCCUGCAGGUCCUCAGCAGACCCUGUUUGACCUGAAAACCCUGAACCUGGUUCCUCAGGCUCUUUGUGGUUUCUGGAUGGGAUGAGCUUUGUGAGCCUCAGGCUUCAGACCAAACAGGAAGUUCAUGUUUGCAUCUUUGAUCCACGAAGUUUCUGUUUCAGCCUGAAUCCUCAGGGAUUCAGAAAACAAACAAACAAACAAACAAACAAACAAACAAACAAACAAACAAACAAACAAACUCAGUGCGAAACUCAGACACUCCAAUCAGCUCAGAUCAGCUCAGGAGAUAUUUUACUAACAGACGAUGAUCGCCUGCCUUUCAUGAUUAGGAUCUGUCCUGUGCUUCAGGAGAUAUUUUGCUAACAGGGAGUUGUGUUGAGCAUCAUGCUCAACACAAUGAAGCACAGGACAGAUUCUAAUGAAACUCAGCUGAUUUUACAGAGACUGAGCUAAAGUUUAGUGCAGAACUUAACCCGGGUCAAAGUGAACAGGACCAGUUCUGGUUCAGACUGGGUCUGAUGAACUCUGCUGCAGUCUGCACCUCACUGGGUUUCUAUGCAAUAAAAGCUAAACAGAUGGUUUUAUUAUUGGAGUCGGCUUUUAUUCUGAAAUGUAAUUUAUUUUGAAAAUAUUCAAACUCUAGAAAGGGUUUUUGACAAUCAGCUGACCGACUUAUUUAUUUCAUUUCACUGGAAAAAGUCAAAGUAUUUUAUAAUUUAACCAGUUGUUGUGUUUUUAACAAGCUGAACCAAAGUMUGUGUUUUUCUCUGAGUGUGUUUCUGUGUGGAGUGGGUCAGAACCAGAACUUAGACCUGCUGUAUUCUCUGCAUGUUUUCUCUUUGUUUACAGGGUUUGGGUUWAAAAAAAAAGAAUCUUUUUCAAAAAAUAAAAAGGUCAAGAAGA